UCUUCUUCAACCCGACUACUUACAACUCGAUAGAGAGGACAGAAGCACUCACAGUGUCGCCUCAACCAAAUCAGACGUUUCGAACCUUCAGUUCAAUCCAUUCCAUUCCGAGGAGACCCGUUUUCUGUUAGCCUGACAUUCGCCGCCGACGGACCGGAUCCUCGCCCGGAGGCUCCGACGAGACUUCUCCAGCCGUGGCUCCGUCAGAACCACCGCAAGGCCUCUCCCGCAGAAAAACCUCCUCCUCUUCGUCCAGUUCUUCUCCCUCGCCCAGGAGGACCGCCCUUUCUGGCCCGACCCGUAUUGUUUAUAGAGAGGCCCUAGGGUCGUCGUCGGGUUCGGAUCUUGACCUGCCCUUUUGGCAACGGACCUGGUUCAUCGUUCUGCUACUCGCCAUGGCUCUCUCUUUCUUCGCACUCGCGAUCUUCCUCUUUCUCACUGUCGACCCCGACUCUUCUCCCGUUUACGCCGCCUCCGAGGGCGUUCAGAUUACUUAUGGUUCAGUUAUCAAGCUUAUGCAUGAAAAGACGAAAUUCCGGCUGCAUUCGCAUGAUGUGCCAUACGGUUCUGGCAGUGGUCAGCAGUCGAUCACAGGUUUCCCUAAUGUUGAUGAUUCAAAUAGCUACUGGAUUGUCAGGCCUGUGCAGGAGUCUUCCAAACAAGGAGACACAAUUCCAAGUGGAACCCUUAUCCGACUGCAACAUAUGAGGACAAGAAAAUGGCUCCAUAGCCACUUGCAUGCAUCCCCGAUUUCAGGCAAUCUUGAGGUGAGUUGCUUUGGUGGGGAUGGUGAGUCAGAUACUGGAGACUAUUGGAGGCUUGAAAUAGAGGGAAGUGGGAAAACUUGGAGGCAAGAUCAAAGGAUCAGGCUUCGACAUGUUGACACUGGUGGUUACCUACAUAGUCAUGACAAGAAAUACACUCGAAUUGCUGGUGGUCAACAAGAGGUUUGUGGUGUCCGAGAUAAGCGUGCUGACAACAUCUGGUUGGCAACCGAGGGUGUAUACCUCCCAGUUACAGAAAGCAAUUGAAGUCUUCUAGAGUUUUGUGAUCCUUGAAUGCUAUGCAUACGAUUUCCUUUCCUUGGAGCAUGUUAGCUGGAUCUUGUUUUCUGGUGAUAUUGAACAUUCUUGAGGAUUACAAAUUUCUGUUUCUAUUAUGUUGUAGUGACAGGCUAACUAGCUGUUAAUUUAUAACUUGUUUUUACAAUUUUCUAGCCCCAACCCUUUGUUCUUAUAAUGAUUUUGCUUUCAAACA